AUGGGAAACAGAACUGGUUGCGGGAUGUUCGAGGGGACUCGAGUGAAAAAUGAUAAGUAUUGGAUCAAAGAAUUUUCAGACAUAGAAAAUAGAACAGUAAAAGAGCUCUACUACUAAAUGAAGGUUAUAAGAAAAGAAAUCGAUAUGGCUGAAUUUAAAAGAUUACUUCACAUGGCAAUUACUAACUUUAGAAGAACUAAAAAGCUGACCGAUAAUUUGGAAUUCCUUUAUGACUACAUCCAGGUUAUCAUUGAUAGAGAUAUAAGUAAUGCCAUCAAGUUUAGGAUUUCAAUGGAAGAAUUCUACAUGCUUUGGCAUUAGGAUGAACAAGGUAUUGAAUUUCAAAGUUCUGAUACUGCUAUUUUAGCAACUAGGAAGGAUAAAGGUGGAUUAUCAUGCCUUGAAUGUCUCGUGUGUCCACCGAGGAAAGGACUUAAUUCUAAGAUAGAAAACACUAUGCAUCCAAAUGUUAGAGACAUUAAGAGAGGCCCUUAAACUUAGAGAGAAUUUUAUACAGAGCCUUAAGAAUAACUAAUAGAAUAAGAAGAAGUAUUAGUGAAUAAUAAUGGUGUAUUGCCUAAAAGAAAAUUCUCUGAGGAUGAUCUUAAAUACUACUCAUGA